AUGUCGACCCAUAGCCCUAGAGGCCGUGCGACCUCAGGAGCAUGGAGCCGGUUAAAACCCGCAAAUCUCGACCCUCUGGAAGCAAUCGGCCUCCCAUCCAAAGGAGAUAAGAGGCUCCUCGACCAUAAAGCCCAGGAGCGUUACUAUACCAAAAUUAUCGACAGAUACAUGUCCUUCUGUUCCGACGCGGGUCGCAGCGAUGAGCUUCUUCGACGGCUCGCACGUAUGGAUAUAUCUCGUGACGAUAGCAGGAACGAAACGCCGCAGACAGCGGUCCCCAACACCGCAGAUCUCUCUAUCAAGACUAUUCCCAGCGAAAUUGGGCCUGCGGGGCAGAAGGAUCUUUCCAUGUUGAUGAUGGCUAUGAGGAAGCUACGCGAGGGAAUUGUGGCUUCAAAAAGGGUUGAUGAUUUCUCGAUUCAAGCAUACAUAUUCUGCAUCAGGUUGUCCAUAUUGCUGAAGGAAAUGGAAUCAUAUCAUCCAGCGAUUCUCCAUUUGCUGAAGAGGAUGCAUGCGGUACAACCUCUUACCAAGACCGAGCUUCACGAGUUCGUGGGCUACCUUGUGUUGGACCUUGCUUGUCGCCAGAAUGAUCUCGCUGGAGCAUAUGCCGUCAAGCAUAAGUGGGGAUUGAAAGAUUCAAAGGUGGAUGUUGUUUUACAUGCCCUGACCCAUGACAAUUAUUUCUUGUUCUGGCAGGCUAAGAGGAACGUGGAUGGCCACAAGGCAAAGCUGAUGGAAUUUGCAGAGGACGGUAUGAGAAGGCAGACAUUGAAAUGUCUUGGACGGAGCUAUCUCAGUAUUGAUCUGCCAUCUUUGGAAGCAAUUGCUAAUUCCCCCUGGCCUUCCUUAACCAAGGAUUGCGGCGUCGGUUGGCAGUUGGACGGUGCCACGGUUAUCAUCCGAAAACCCAAGACCCGGUGA